GGACAGCAACAACAGGACAGAUUAAUUUAUUUCCUAUAUGCCCAGAUGAUGAGAGUCUCCCCUGAGCUCAUCAUUUAGCCUAUUUUCAUCCAUCAUGAUAUGUGAAGUGAUAAAAUCCCAACGGGGGUUACAAACAUGAUAAAGCUUUACCUGUCUAAUGCUAAACAUUUUAGGAUAUUUUGGAUUCUGUGGGGUUAGGGGACCACAAGGGACCAUACUGCACAGACCACCCUUAUUCCACCUAAUUUCUCAUAUAAAUCUAUGUAACAGUUUCAUAACAUAGGAACAGAGUCAACUGUCAUCAGCAUUAGUUGAUCCCUUAUGCGCAACUGUUUCAGAUCUCCUGAGAAAUGUGAAACAAAAUAGGCUAUUAGACAAAGCCUCCCUCACACCUCACAUCUUACUCUCUAUACAGUUACUCUGACUGUAAAUAUAGACAGUGCCUGUGUUAAUACAAGUAUUCCAACAGUCUGAUAUCAUGGUUUUAUUGUAAUGAUGGCUCAUAGUGGCAACGUUUCAGGUUGUGCGUUAUAAUCAGAAACACUGUGGGAAGAUUUCAACUUUCCACUGCAAUCAGCCCCCCUCCUUGCAGAGCUGCAAGAAGUGGAAAUCGUGAUGGUGUCUCAGUUGCUUGUGAGCUCUGGCUUGGCUUGCAGCUCACAACACGGGCUUGUGUUGCCCGCUGGAGGCGAGGCGGGGGAAGGCACGCGAACGGAAGGAAAGGAUGAAGCGCUCCGUAUUUCCCCGUCUCUCCCCCGCUCGCUGUAGUUAGUCGUGGCCACCCUCUUCGUCUCUUACAGCAGAGAGAGAGCGGUAUUGGCAGGGUGAGGGGUGCCAACUCCACAUUUUUGCUGCAGCCGAGUAAACUAAAAAGAUUUAGUAUCAUUGUGAUUAUGAUCACGCAUAUCUCAAUAAUAAAAAAAAUCAUCAUGUAAAAAGAGAGAGCGAGAGAGAGAGAGUCCUCCUGCGUCCUGACUGUCAUCCACAGGUCUGGAAGUCUCACCCACCCCGCGCAGCGCGCUCCCUGACUCUUAUUUAUAUAUUUCUCCUGGAUGCGCGCCCUCUCUGCGAAAGCCAGAGCGCUCCUCACUCUCUCCUCUCUUCACUUCGUUUCCUCUCCUCCUCUCGACAGCAUCCAGAACUAUAGCGCAACCGUCCCCAUCACUCUUUUUCCUCCCCUCCUCCUCUUUCUCUCACCGCCAAAUCUCUCUCCUCUGCGUCUCUCACCCCUUCGCCCCCCACCCCCACCCCUCUCCAUCUCCCCGGAUCAGUCCCUCACUCCUCUGACGCACGACAGGGAAACGGACCCGAAGAAAGAAAGAAAGAAAGAAAGAAAAAAGCAGCAGCUGACCAAAACCGCCAAUAUGAUCCACAGACUCCUGCUGUUGCUGCUGCGCCGAACACAGGCACGGUGCUGAAGCCGAGGGGAGAACACUCUCACCCGGCUACACUGUUGUUGAGCGCUCGCUCGGGAGGCGGCGGCGGCUGCGGAGGAGGAGGAGGUGGUGGAGGAGGAGGAGGAGGAGGAGGAGGAGAGGGGAGGAAGAGGAAGCGGACGGGCACAAGUCGAGGACUUGCAUUUUAAGCAAACUGCUUAGAAAAAAAGAGGAGACGAGAAAGAAGGGGAGAGAGUCAGAGUCAUCGGAGAGCGAGAGAGUGAGAGAGAUUGCAUUCCUAUCACGUCUUCAUUUCUCCCCUCUCCUCUCUUUUGCUUCAGUCACUGAGGGGGGGAGGGAGAGAGAGAGAGAGAGAGAGAGAGAGAGGGAGGGAGGGAGAACGAGAGGGGGGGGGAGAAAGAGAGAGAUCUAACAAGAUUCAAACUAGUGGUCUGUUUUUUUCCCCCGAUGCUUUCCAAUCGCAGAACGAAACUAAGCCCGGCAUCGGACGGUGAGCGGGACGCACCGGGCAACGACAGGACACAUCGCAGGAGGAUAUGUGAAGUUGGAAUCCCAAUAAACUAAUGCUGUGAAGUGGCUCUGUCCCUGGAGCCGAGACUUCAUCCCCUUGGUGUCAGCGAGGAUGCUGUGGGUUACCUUGCUGAGCACCAUAGCCUUAGGAUGGACCACCCCGAUCCCACUACUAGAGGACUCCGAGGAGAUCGACGAGCCCUGCUUCGAGCCCUGCUAUUGCGAGGUCAAGGAGGGCAUUUUCCAUGUCCACUGUGACAGUAAAGGAUUUACAAAUGUCAGCCAGAUUGCACAGAUAUGGAGCCGGCCCUUCAAGCUCAAUCUGCAAAGAAACUCUAUGAGGAAGCUUUACUUUAACAGUUUCCUCCAUCUCAACAAUGCCAUAUCCAUUAAUCUGGGUAAUAAUGCCUUGCAAGAUAUCCACGCUGGAGCGUUCAAUGGCUUAGGAAUACUCAAACGGCUAUUCCUACAUGAAAACAAACUAGAAGUUUUCCGUAAUGACACUUUUCUGGGGUUGGAGAGUUUAGAGUAUCUCCAGGCGGACUACAAUGUUAUCAAAAGGAUUGAAAGUGGUGCAUUCAGGCACCUUCACAAAUUGAGAGUGCUCAUACUAAAUGACAAUCUGAUCCCUGUGCUCCCAAAUUAUCUUUUCCGCUCUGUGUCACUUACACAUCUGGACCUGAGAGGAAACAGACUAAAGACAUUGCCGUACAAGGGCACGCUGGAGUAUGUUGGGAGGAGCUUAAUGGAAAUCCAGUUGGAGGAGAACCCCUGGAACUGUGUGUGUGAGAUUGUCCAGCUAAAAACGUGGCUGGAGAGAAUCCCUUAUACAGCUUUGGUGGGUGAGAUCACAUGUGAGUACCCAUUCCACUUACAUGGGAAAGACUUGCGGGAAAUCAAACGCAGUGAGCUCUGUCCGCUGCUCUCCGGUGCAGAAAUUGAGGCCAAGCUGGGAAUUCCCCGGGUCCCAUUCAGCAAUGAGAACACAUGGCCUACUAAACCUUCCUCCAUGCUCUCCUCCUUUCAUAACACAGCAUCUUCUGUGGAAUACAAGGAAAGAGUUGUCAAGCCUACCAAACGUCCUCGGCCCACAAAGAACCCCCCAACUCCUCGUAGCAUCUACCCAGGCGUCAACCAACCCCCUAUUGCUGGCUACCAAACAAGGCCUCCCAUCCCCAUAAUUUGUCCAGCUGGAUGUAUCUGCAACCUUCACAUCAAUGACUUGGGGCUGACGGUGAACUGUAAAGAGAAAGGCUUUCACAACAUCUCUGAGCUCCUGCCUCGGCCCCUCAAUGCCAAGAAAUUGUAUCUCAGUGGGAACCUAAUACAGAAAAUCUACCGUUCUGAUUUCUGGAAUUUCUCAAGUUUGGAUUUACUGCAUUUAGGGAAUAAUCGGAUAUCCUACGUCCAAGAGGGCGCCUUUAUUAACCUGCCAAACUUGAAAAGUUUAUAUCUGAAUGGGAAUGACAUUGAGAGGCUCACCCCUGGGAUGUUCCGGGGGCUUCAAAUGUUGAGUUAUCUUUACUUUGAGUAUAAUGUCAUUCGUGAGAUACAACCUAACUCCUUCUCCCUAAUGCCAAAUCUCCAGCUGGUUUUCCUCAAUGACAAUCUGCUACGUUCCCUCCCCACUGAUGCCUUCGCUGGCACCAACCUUGCACGCCUCAACCUCCGCAACAACUACUUCCUUUCCCUGCCUGUGCGUGGUGUUCUGGAGCAUCUGACCUCCAUUGUCCAGAUUGAUCUCCAUCAGAACCCUUGGGACUGCUCCUGUGAUAUCAUCCCCCUCAAACAGUGGCUGGAAAAGCUCUCCUCUGUCAUUGUGGUUGGAGAUGUCAUCUGCAAGACACCUGAGUUUGCUUUUGGGAAGGAUCUGCGCUCACUGGAGGUUGAGGUCAUCUGUCCUGAGCUGAAGUAUUCUUCAGGUCCUUCGCCAGCCCUGCCUGGUGGGGAUGACCUCACAACGGGCAGCUCUGACAUGGGGGAGGCAGGUGGGAGAGGAGCUGUCCCACUGUCUGUCCUCAUCCUCAGCCUACUCAUCCUCUUCAUCUCUGCUGUUUUUGUGGCUGCCGGGCUUUUCGCUUUUGUUCUCCGUCGCAGGAAGAAGCUGCCCUUCCGGAAACGUUCUGAGGUAGAUCUGACAGGGAUCCAGAUGCAGUGCAGGAUUUUUGAGGAUCCACCAAGGCAGAGUAGUGCUGGUAACACUGGAACACCGGAGAAACCGACACCUAGUAUGCACACACACUCUCACACUAGUCACACACAUGCCCAUGGUCACGUUUAUGAUUACAUACCCCACCCUGUAACUCAGAUGUGUAACAACCCCAUCUAUAAGCCUAGAGAGGGGGAGAUAGCAGAGGAAGACAGAGCACAGUUUUCAGAGAAGAAAGACAAUGGCAGCAGUAGCAACAGUAACUACAGAACCUUGUUAGAGAAAGAGAGAGAGUGGACCCUGGCCGUCUCCAACUCUCAACUCAACACCAUCGUCACAGUCAACCACACCACAGCUGACAUGGCAGGAUUUCAUGAGAACGGAGGGCUCUGCCCUACAGUAAUUGACAGUCAGAGGCCCACACCGACAGUGGGCUUUGUAGACUGUUUGUAUGGGACAGUACCCAAACUAAAGGACAUGCAUGUGGCGCAUGCGCACCCACCAGGCAUGCAGUACCCCGAUUUGCAGCAGGAUGCACGGCUGAAGGAGACAUUGCUUUUCACGGCGGGGAAAGGCUGCUACCCCGACCCGUCCCAAAGCGAUUACCUCGAGUUAAGGGCCAAACUUCAAACCAAGCCGGAUUACCUCGAAGUCUUGGAAAAAUCUUACCGGUUUUAACAUCUCUAGCCCAUGGAGAAGAAAAAACAAAACAAAAAAACACAAAGUCAACACAUUCACUUUGCCACCCUCAAAACUAAAUCACUCCAAACCAAUAUUGAAAAAUAAACUUGAAAAAGCAGCAUGAUAUAAAAUAAAAUAUUAUAUUACAGUUACAACGUUUCCCCCCCAAAUCACUUUGGAGGAGAGGCCAUUCUCAGAUAUUUCAAUGAAGUGCCUUUUUUUCAGAGUAGCCAGCAAUGUCAACAGCCGUUAUUUUUAUAAUAUAUAAAUAUCUCUAUAUGCCCAAGAGAGAGCAAAAGAGGAAGGAGAGGGGCACCGGGGAAUAAAACAUACAAAGAAUCCUAAAACACAUCUGUCACUAAAACCCCUUUUUAUGGAGUUACCAUGAUGUGCAAGACAAACGGGAGCUGGACGUCUCCCUGACAUGGGGUUUUAUUUCUGUCUCUUUUACCCCUGACUAGGAUGUACAAACACCCGGAGGCCGUGCACAUAAAGUUUGCAGGAAAUGAUCGAAAGAGAGAAAAAAAAUACAUAUAUUAAAAUGAACUGCAGUUUGCUGCAUGCACUCGCUUCAGUGCAGGAAGCGAGGGGAUUUACUCAGAACUAUCACAUCACAUUAUGAACAGAGAUACUGCAACGCAUUUACAGUUCAGUGUUCUAUUUAAUUUUUAUAUCUUAUUAAUAUGGUUAUUACUAUUAAUGAGGACUUCUGUCUAUAUCAGGGUGCUUCUCGUAAAAAGGACGCGCCGACGCACGGAUGGUAAAACAUUUGUGAAUAUUAUUAUAAGACAACGCUCAAGGUUUUCUGGAUAUUUCCACGCACUUUGUUAAGACCCCACCCCCACCCCACCCCCUCCAUUGCUUCUGGAUUCCCCAUCGUCACCCACUAACAGCUUUGUAGGAGGCACUUUUAAUGUUUUCUCUCUCACAAAGAUUUGAAGAAAAAUGUGCAUAUAUUUAUUCUGUAAUUUCAGUGAAGAAUUUAAUUGUAAAGGUAAUGUUAAAUCAAUGUAUAGUGAUUAUGCGUCUGGUAUAGCCUUCUUAAUAAAAACAAACUCUUCAAUCAAAUGAUGAAAGGGUUGAUGCCACGGGAACCUGUGUGUGAAGCGCUACUGACAGGCUGUGUAUGUGGUGUCUUGUUAAAAUGGCAUGUUGAAUCUGUGGCCAACCAUCAUGGGAUGAUGUUCCUGGAGAUGGAAGAAUAGAGUGCUAGACAGGGAUGUAGUGGAGGGCAAUAACAUUUACACUUAGUUCAGCUCCUUUUUAUUUUCAGAUUAGCACUAAAUUAAAUAAUAGGGAAAGGAAAGAUACAGUACAAACUAUUGGUAGUUGGCCCAAUGAUCUUCAUCUGCUGGAUAUCAUAGCGUGCAAUUUUCAUCUGCCAGUACAUUAUUGGUCCUAGCUGGAUGCAAUCUGAAGGUAUAAGAUACAGAAAAAGCAAUGCCAGAACAAGUCAAGUGAAUGCUGCUGGUUUUGAAGUAGAUGAUUAGAGAGGAUAUACCAAAUCAGUGAGGCACGCUGCGAUUUUCAUUAUCUAAACGGGUACUGCUGAUUUAGGCUAAUAAACAGCAAUUGAGGGGGUGAGUGAAAACGUGAUUGGAAGUAGCUCUUUGAAUUUGCGCAUCUAAUUUCUGACUCCCUCCAAAGUAGCAGUGUGGGUUCACUCCACUGGGGGGCGAUAAAAAGGUGUUCAGAUUUAUUGGGCAUUUGGUAGACUGGAUGGAGUUACAAUGUAAUGCACAAAUUGUCAUCAAGGUCACCAAUUCUCAUAUUCAGUAUGAAUUAUUUUCAAAAAAUCUAUAUAUAAAACCCACAAGUGGCAUAAAAUAAUUUUGUAUUCAUUUCAGUGCAGUUUAAUCUGUUUCAUGUUUUAUUUUUCCUUAUUUCAACCAUUUAACUUGAAAAUGGCAGAACAAAGCAGGUAAUUCUUGCUGUGUCAACAAAAUUAGACUUUUUUAUUUCUAUUUUAAAGAAAUUUUGCAAAAGAGAACUGCUUUUACAUACUGUCAUUUCUUAUGUUUGUUCAAGACUGUUGAUUAGUGACACUGAAAUUCCUAGUGGUAAAUUAAUCCUCAAUUGUCUCCUCCACAGCAACCAUCAUUUGCUAAUCUUUUUGCUGCAAUAUUUUUCAUAUUUCUUAUUUCCUUAUCCAAGCCUGAUUCUCUUUUGGGACCAAAUAGUACACAUAGACAAACAAACAAACACACAAACAAACAAAAAAAAACAAAACAAAAAAAAAAAAAAAAAAAAAAAACAAGAAACAGCUGUGGAGUAAAUAUGGUAUUGCAGUGCACACCAUCAUCAUAGUGCUAUUUCCUUUUCUCUUUCCUAAGGUAAAAUUUUAAUUUGGGAAAAAUAUAAAGCAAUCUUGAUGUCUAUAAAUUUGUGAUUAUCUAUGGAAAGGAGGGUGCAUUUGUGGGUUUUCUUUUCUUUUUUGGUGGUUUGAUUUGUUUUUAUUUUGCUUUUUUUCUCUAAAUGGGCAUGAUAUGCAAUUUGUUUUGAUUUCAAUAGGUUUACUAGGAGUGGUGAUCCUCAGUUGAAAUUGGGUGUUAUAGUUUUUCAUAUGUGUCAACUUACACUAAGUGGAAGAUAUGUAGCAAACCACAUACUUCCCUGUUCCGUGGGAAGGCCCUUAACUAGUUGGAACAGUCAUCUCCAGUAUAGAUCAUCAAUGAUCCGGUUUAUAAGCUUGCUUAAUAUGGACCAUUUUACCUUGUGUUGUAUUAAUUGUUUUGACAAUUACUGUUGCUCAAAUGAGUGGAGGUCACCUUCAUAUAAAGCCUUUGUAAGCAUGGUAGCAUUACAUUAAGGCUCUUUGUUUUCCGCUCACAGAAAGUUUCACAAUGCUGUACCCCCAUGUUCUGCUGCCCCACCUCAUUUGUCUGCUCCUUUUUUUACUUUAUUACUUAUACAUACACAUAUACAGACAUGCGCACACGGACACAUAAAGCCUUCCUUUCCCUGACCAAGAGGUUAGACUCUAUGGUCAGCAUUUUCAGUGUGCACUCAGUUUGAUUAAAAACAUAAUGCAUUACUCUGUUAACCCCAACCCUCACCAUCAUCCCCAACUUCCCCAAAUGAAUAAAUAAAUAAAGUUUUGGGAUCAUUGAUGAUUUUGCUAUAGUCCCAUAUCUUGGCAACCUUUUAUCCUCUACCCCCCCAUCACCCACCCACAAUAACAUUUCACAAAUGAGUGCUGGGCUUUGUCCCAUUAUACCAUGCUGAGUGGUUUUAUCCCAAUAAAUCCUCUUGUUAUCCUGCA